UUAUCUUUAAACCUUUUCAGAAACAUAUAUUGCAGUUUUUAAAGGAUAUUAGUUAGCUUAACUUCUAGGCAAGCGACAGAAACAUGGGGUCAAUUAUUGCAACACCCAUUACUUUAAUAUGUUCGCUUUUUUCAUCGGAACCAUUGAGUUUUAUUUACUGGUGCAAAUGGCUUGUAUCAUACGCAUACAUUCAAAUGUCGAGAAGAACGACAAAGAAAAGAUUCGAUUUGUACGAUGAAAUGGCAGAUAAUGAUCCCGUUAAGGUAUCUUUCAUUUCAGCACCAGAAGAAAUUGCUUUAGAAUCUCCUUUAGAAGAAACUAAACUAUAUACUACAUCUGAUGAAGUAUUUUUCUAUGGUGUUAACUCAAAGUCUGAGUAUUUUGUAACAAGAAUAAUGAGAGGCGUAAACAAUGAGGCUGAAGCUUGGAUAUACAUGAAACUCAGCAAUGGAAAAGUGUACCAACUCAAGCAAACCACAAAUUACCAACACUCAAGUUGCGAGAAGAAAGUGUUUACGUGUGGCGAUCUCCAAAUGCAUUACAUAACACCUAUGAGAAGAUGGAGAAUCUUUUUCAAUGGUUUAUUAAGGGAAACUGAUGACAAUGAAUCUGAUUCAUCGAAAAUGGUACAUGUAAAGUUUGCUCUCCUGUGGGUCGCCUCAUCUGAUGUGUUUGAUUUCACGACAGAUAUAAAGGCUGGAGCACUGGCAGAUGGUUUCGCGAGAGCAAAAUGGAAAGGAUUUAAACCUCCUUUAGAAUUGUUCAAUAGAGCUGUUAACUGCUAUACACAAUGCGGAGUAAUUUUUGGAACAAUGACGUUAGGGGAGAAUGAAGAAGCUUCUGAAGUUUAUUUGUAUGGAGAGCGAAUCAGGUUCAUGGGUGAUUCUUCUUUCGAUAAACGAGCGCAAUUUUUGCAUGUUUUAGGACAAACACUCAGAACUGGAAGUUUUGUUCAUAUUUCUGAUGUGUCAAUAGAAAACGUUGUCAAAGAUCUGAAAUUUGGUUUCUUCGUAAGGCCUACUGGCGCAAUGUCUGCCGCUGAUGACAUUCACAUUGCUGCAGAAAACUCCACAGAUGAUGGUGAGAUGGAAAGUAACAUUAAAGCAAAGUUUAUCAAUGAAGGAAAGACAUAUAAUGUGGAAGGAAGUUUGACAGGAAAAAAAGCACAUUUUGAAAGUAAAAAAGGAUGGCAUGGGCGAGUAACAAUUGACUGCGCAGAAUUCAACUUGAACUCUUACAAAUGUGCUGGGGUAAAACUUAGCGGAAUUAUCACAAACCCCCUAAACAGAGUCAUGCCGACCAAUUCUAUCGACACAACGCCUGAAGAUAAUCCAUUGGUCGUGCAUUUUGCUGAAAAAAUAUGCCAAGAAUCAUCCAUGACUGGUGGAAAGGGUUCCUCUCUUGGCAAGCUCACGGAACUGAGCAAGGAAUUUCAAACUUUUAUUGUUCCUAACGGUAUGGUGGUGACCACAGCAGCUUACCUAAAGUUCAUAACUAAAGAUGUACUUAAGGAGAUAAAGAAUCUUGAAAAUGUUCUAUACGGAAAUGUUCCUGGUGAUAUUAAAGAAUCAUGCCAAAGGGUUAUGGAUGAAAUUAUAAAAUCGGAACUCUCAAAUGAAAUCAUGAAAGCAAUUGAAAGCAUGCUUCAAAAGCAUUUCUCCGAGAAAGGUGUUAUUCAAUUUGCAGUGAGAUCUUCAGCAACAGGUGAAGAUACUGAACAAAUGUCUGCAGCUGGUCAAAUGGAAACAUACUUGGGGGUUGCAGGUUUAGACGAUAUUCUCACUGCCGUGAAGAAAUGUUGGGCAUCUCAAUUUAGCCACAUUGCAACUCAAUACAAAAAGCAGAAUGGUCAGAUAAUAAAUUCACCAAUGGCAGUCGUUAUACAGAAGAUGGUACCCUCUGACGUGGCUGGUGUAUUAUUCACUUGUGAUCCCCUCACUGGAAAUCCAACUAAGAUGACCAUCACCGCAAACUAUGGACUUGGAGAGUCUGUCGUUUCGGCCUCAGAAGAACCAGACACAGUUGAGCUUAUGAGAGAUUUUGAAGACAACUUGUAUGUUCACAACAAAAUAAUUGGUGCCAAACGUCAAAGAAUUGUACUCCAAGGGAAUGAAUCUGGAGGCACAGAAGUACAAGAUAUUUCAGAAAAUGAUCGGAAUUCAUGUUGCUUAACCGACGAAAUGUCACUCCGUUUAGGAAAACUGGCUGUCAAAAUUGAGAAAAGCUAUAGAUCCCACAGGGAUAUCGAAUGGGGAUUUUGGAACAACAACUUGUAUAUAUUCCAAUCUCGUCCUGUAACGAGUGGAACAGGAGAAACAGAUUUUGAAAUUGACCACGAAAUGGACGCUCCAAUGAGGAUGGAAGAAGAUUAUUUUACAGUUUGCAAUGUCGGUGAGGUGAUGCCUGGAGCCUUUUCAACUCUGUCUCUUGAUGUUGUUAUGAAAUACUUCAGAAUAACUUUUGCGAGGAGAAUGGGCUCAGGUUUCGAAACAGUAGAUAAGCCAAGAUACUACCCUAGAGCGAUUAUGACGAUGUGCUCUCGAGUGAUGUUCUACGCCCUGGAUCUUCUCGAAAGAAUGGAUGAAAAUUCUGAAAUGAAUGAAGGUAUUCUGAUUGCGUUGUUUGGUCGCAAGAUUGAAGACGAUGACAUAAUUAAGAAAGCAAUAGAACGUUUCGACCUCGGUAAGAAGAAGAAGAAACCCAUGUUUGCUGGACUCUACACAUUACUGGCCACCUUUUCUAGGCUCUUUCUAAGCAAGAGGGAACUGGAUAAAGCAUUGAGGUUUUACAAAAAUUACAGGCUUCCUGUUGAACGCUUUCAAACAUCUCUUGAAAUUUUUAACCAUCUCCUCUUCUCCUGUACGGAUUUAGUACAGUCAAUGCGGAGCCAUAUGAGAAAUACAGAAUCAUCCUCUAUAUGGAAUAUGUUCGUCAUAAGCAUUCUUAAAAAGGCCAGAGGAGGAAUGAGUGCAGAAGUAUACAGAGAUUUUUCAACACUUUGUACAACUAGUACUGAAGUAGAAAGUGCUGAUGUUCCCGCAAGCAUCGAACGCCUGGGCUUAGCAAUAGCUAAAGAAAGGACACCAGAGGAAUUGAAGAAAAUGAGUAAUCAGGAAAUAGUGGAAUGGCUUCAAAAUUCUCAAACUGACGCUGGAAAGAAGUACCGUGAAUUUCUUACCAGACACGGACACAGAUGUCUAAAAGAAUUUGAUUUGCGGCAAAAAACAUGGGGAACUGAUCCUACAACUCUCAUACAGCUGUUAAAGAAUCUCGCCGGAUCCUCAUCGAAAAAAGUAACAAAUAAGAAAGAGGAGAAUUUUAACCAAACAUUGAAGGAUUUAGGAAUAAAUGUCGGUCUCAAGACAAGACUAACUCUGAAAUACUUGAUAUCUCGAAGUCGACAAGGAGUUCAGACUAGAGAAUUGUCAAAGUCUCUGCUUAUCAAGACUCAAGAUGAAUGGAGAAAAGGCUACUAUCACCUAGCAAAGCUUAUGGUAUCAGAAGGUAGAAUACCAGACGAAGAUCUACUCUUCUUUAUGACUGUGGACGAAAUAAGGGAAAUUUUAGAGACAAGAUCACCAAAAAUAAUUGCAAGAGCAAAUCAUAGGAAACGCAGAUACCCUGUUUUGGACAAGUAUAUAUUUCCAGAAAUAAUGAAAGGAUUUCCUAAACCAAUCAACUUAGAAGACAAUACUCCUAUUUCAAGUGAAGAUAACUUUUCUAUGAAAGGAAUACCAGUAAGUCAAGGGACGGUUAAAGCAUAUGUUAGAGUAGCUCUUACUUUAGAAGAAGCUGCUCAACUAAAGCCAGGAGAAAUCCUGUUAACCUACAGUACAGACAUUGGAUGGUCGCCAUAUUUUCCCAUUCUUGGUGGAGUAGUCACAGAACUAGGAGGCCUUAUCUCUCACGGUGCUGUCGUCAGUAGAGAAUAUGGUUUGCCAUGUAUAGCAGGUCUGCAUGGAGCAACUAGGCAGUUUCAAACAGGUGAUUACGUGCUGUUGGAUGGAAAUAAGGGUAUCUUGCAACGACUGCCGAAACCAAGUGAUAGUGAAACGGAAAAUCAAUAAUAAACAUUAUUUUAUAUAAUUGAACUUGGAUCGAAAACUAUACCUAAUUUAUUUAGUAAAAUUGUUUCUAAUCUGUAUGCAUUCAAGUGCAGGAAAAUUGUUUUUUUACUCCAAUAUAUGUUUAAUAAUCUCUUAUUUAUAACUCCUAAAUGAAAUUCUUUUAUGCCUCAGUAAUGUCAACUCUUUUGUGUCUGAAAUCAUUUUAUUUGGGACUACUCUUUUCUUCGUUAAAAGAAGGUAUAAUUUCAAAAAACAAAAAGUGGUAGAAAAAAUGUUUUGUUUACAGUAUUUAUUUUUUAAGGAAGCACAUAGUUGUGUUCGUCAUAGCGUAUCAAUAAUUUCAAAUUUUUAUAUUAAUUAUAUAAUGUCUCCCAUAUUAGAAAAAACAUUUAAAAAGCACUGAGCUUUACAGAACUAUAAAGCUCAGUACUUUUUUAAUGUAAAAUUUUAUACUGAUUUGUUUUAAACCUAUAAUUACUACCACUUUUUAGUACAAAUAUUUUUACAUCAAUUGCAAUAUUAAAUUUUCUUGUACUAUUCCAAAAUAGUGAAUAUGUUAAAAUUUUUUCUUAAUGUAAUCAGCUAUUAGAAACUUAUUAUUAUUAUUAUUUGGGGUAUUUUAUUUCAAAAGAAAUAGUUUGUUAAAAACCAAAUUGCAAAUGUCACAAAAAUGACCUUACGUUCACAUUUUAGAAAGACAACUUGAUGCCUUAUAAACAGAUUAGAAGCUUUUGUUUUGUUAUUUAUUUCCAAUAAAGAGUUUAAUAUUUUUUAA